AUGUUGACCGUUAGUCGAAUAUCUGUCUUGUAUAAUUCAUUCCUUCAAAUAUCAACUGGUGUUUCAGCAUGUAGGGGCAGCAUUAACUUUUCGAGGCACACAAAGCCGUCUCGAAAAGCUAGUGAGUUCAACGUUUAUCGUGAUGCUGCUGAAAUUGUCGAAACCUCAUUUGCUGGGGAAAAUUUUGAGGAGUCAGUGAGCUCACUGAGACACGCAAAGUUAGUCGAAGGGCGGAAGCACAAGUUUUUAGUGCUUAAAAAGAAGUAUUCUAAUAAUCCUGUAGAGUUGUCUGUACUAACGUGGAGGGCAAAGGAGCAAGUCAUGUUCUUGCUGAGUGGUGACGAAGGUAUGGACUUUGAACAAAUAUCCAAGUCAUUUCCAAUAACCUCACAAGGUGCUGAAAAGCUUUUUGGGAAUAAAUCGUCACCUAUUUUACAAAAGUCGGGGGAUAUCAGUUGGCUUUUAAAGCACGAUUCUCGCGUUAUUGAACGCUGGAAUCAUUUGCUUUCGUUCUUGAGCCGGAUUUAUCGUGGGGAGGAGGAUGUUUCGGAAUCUUCUGUUUUUGGCAUGAUACCUAAUGGUCUAGCGUGGUUAUGUACAAACGCGAAAAUGAAUCUUUUAAUGUACGCAGACGGAAAUCCUGAACUUCCUUUUCCGAAAAAACAUGAUAAAAUUGUGAAAAAGGAUCAUUCAUACGGUCAUUUUGAGAUGUAUGCUGCUAUGUUUAACAGUAUGCCUAAAGAUGAACUUUGUGAGAAGUAUACGCAACAUGUUCUCAAUCUUCGUAAAUUUGUCGAAACGUUUCAGAAAAUUAAAAAUUCUCCACCCCAAAAUGUCCCAUUUUCAGGUGACCAUCACUCUCCACGGCUUUACAAAUAUUUGUUAAGUUGUGCAACUGCUGUUAACUCAAAAUGUAAGAAUCAAAAAUCAAUUUCUCUUCCAAAUAAUGUAAAGCUCCGUGACUACUACACUAGUCAAAAAAUAAAAUAG